CAUAUCUUAGUUGGCAUGUUUGGACAUCUGAGUAUCGAGCUGUCAUCUUCCUCUUCAUCCCCGUCGUCUACGUCAUUACCCACCAACUUACACUCGCCGUCCACUGCUUCAUCAUCAUUAUCAUCAUCAUCAUCAUCAUCAUCAUCGUCUUCAUCAUCGACUUCUUCCUCAUCGUCGUCCCUUUUCUCAAGAAAGCAUCUAAAUGAGAUGAGUUUAAAUAUUGAGGAUUCUAAUAACUGGAAACCUUCUCUUUGGAUUUGCCGCAGUGAUGUACAUGGUUAUGAGUGUACUGAUUAUACUUUCUAAAAUACCAUACAACAUAGCAUAUGAGAGCAUUAUGUUCGUGUGUUUUUAUUUGGCUCAACUCAUCUAUUUGGAUAGAUAUUCUCAAGUCUGCUUCAAUAACUUUAAAAUCUAUGAAAGAUUUGGUAUCAUGCACCUACUGGGUACAAAUAUUGUGUUCUGGUUUGAAAUUGUUGUCUAUGAUACAAAGGAGGACUAUUAUGACAGUCAUUACCCUGAAGACUACCCCACUUGUUCUUUAAGAGAUGAUCUAGAAAAUAAUGACCUACUAUCGUACAUUAGUACUGCAAAAGUGUAUGUAGGAGCAUUUGCCGUCGAGUACUGUUUAAUAGCCGUGUGUUUGUUAAGAAGCAUGUGGAGUAAUGUCGGACGAGCAGUGACCAGACGAAACACCAAGAACAUCUCAAAACGCACUUACCCUGUUAUGGAAUCAUUGUACGGGAUUAUAGGGGGCGUGCUAGUACUUAGUGUUAUUAUAGCUCUUGGCGUAUGCAUGUUUAUUAAGAUAUGUCCUCUUUGUCUGUAUUAUAUUCAGAUAAUGUCUUGUAUUUAUGGUUUCAUUUGUUUAUUUUCUUUUACGGGCGUGUUAAACACAAAUAUCUUAGACAAAGGAGAAGGCGAAGGCUGCCAAAUACUAGAGGGAUUUUCUUCGAGUGUCUUAUAUGAUGGAGUUCUGUUAUUGUUUUGUUUUAGUCUUUUUAUCUUACAGACAAUGUAUAAGACACUUUCAGCUAUCAUCCAAUAUAAAAUAACGCACUUAAAUCAUGGGUACACAUUGUUGUUUAUUACCUUUUCCCUGUACUUCUUCUCUUCCAUAUCUCAAACACUCCUAAUUAUUAUCUGGCAAACACAUUCAAUUGACAGAUCAAGACAACAUCGUCUUAGUAAGAAUUUGUUAAUAUUCCUAACAAUUACCAAUUUUGCAAUGUGGAUUGGCGGACAUUACGAACUAAAACUUGGUCAGUUUUUCUUCAAAUCAGAGGCAGAUUUAUACGGAAAAUUUAUGUGGUACAUAAUACAUCACAUUACCGGCCCGUUCCAAAUUUUAUACUUUUUUCACUCAAGUGUUUGUCUGUUUGAAAUCUGGACAUUAUUUGGUUCAGUGUAAUGUUUUAGUUUGUAUAAACUAAGGUGAAACAAUAUGAACAUUACAAAUAAGUAUAAUACUAAAAAAGACAUUUUA